AAAAAGUUCUGUGAAUAGAAAAAGUAUUAAAAAUGAAGUUCCUUAUUGUGUUUGCAUAUUUGAUUUUGGCCGCUUGUAGUAUACGGGCUGAGUUAACCAAAGAGGAAGCAAUUGCCAUUGCAACUGGCUGUAAAGAAGAAGCUGGUGCCUCAGAUGACGAUUUUGAGGCCAUGGUUUCACAUCAACCAGCCGUGAGUCAAGAAGGGAAAUGUAUGCAUGCUUGUGCUUUAAAGAAAUUCGGUGUGUUAAGUGAUGAGGGUAAAUUAGUUAAAGAUGUUGCACUGGAAUUAUCAGAAUCUUUGAUUAAGGAUGAGGAGAAAAAAGCGCUUAUGGCUGAUAUAGUUGAAACCUGUGACCAACUGGAAGUUAGUGAUGAUCACUGCGAAGCUGCUGAAGAAUAUGGACAGUGCUGGAGAAAUGAAUUUGAAGCUAAAGGUAUCUCCCCUGAUGAAGAUUUAGUUUAA